AUGGAAGGCAUGGAAUCCACAUCAAGUCCAAUAACCAGUAACAGCUCGGAUCCCUUAUUUUCCGCUUCUUUACCUAAAACGUCAUCUACGUCUCCACAUGAUUCAGACAAUUACCACAGUCACGUGCCCCAAGAUACUUACACGAACCGCAGUCGUAGCAGUCCACACAAUCAAAGUAUAGCUAGUGGUGUCACUACUGCUUUCAAUCACUACACGACAUUGACGCCUCUUCAGCCACUUCCACCUAUUUCCACGGUUACCAGUCUUGCUGGCAAAUUCAACCGAUCCAGAGCAGGUUCACCAACAAUAAGUGAAUCAGUUGUAGGUGGUGUACCGUCUUGCAGCGGUACCUUGUAUUUUCACCAAACUUCUACAAGUGCCAUGCCAGGUUCUUUGAAUUUCGGCUCAUUUGCAUAUAAUGUCAAUAUAAAGUAUGUGUAUGACCUAAAAAAUGAACCCGAUCCAGAUGACAAUCCAACAGCAGAUGCAAAUAAUGAUAGCAGGAAUAACUACGGUACACCAGAUCCUCUGCACCAACAACUGCAUCACCUGACAGAAUCAUUUUCUCCUGCCCAAUCUCCAUAUGGAUCCGGUACAUAUAAUGCUGCCUUAGAAACAAAGCAAGAAAAAUUAGGUUUCGUUAGUUCAACUUCCUACAACACAUUUAAUGGUGCAACCGAUAUUCGUGAUACAAUGACCGCAGUGACCAAUGAAUCUUCGCCAUUACUGGAUGAUGUAAUACCUAGAGCUGGAUCACCGGAUUCUGGAAGUGAUAUGGAUGAACUAAAUACCAAAGAUCUUGCGCAGAGAAUUUCCGCUGAAUUAAAGAGAUAUUCAAUUCCCCAGGCAAUCUUUGCUCAGCGUGUUUUAUGCAGGUCACAAGGGACAUUAUCGGAUUUAUUAAGGAACCCAAAACCAUGGUCAAAGCUUAAAAGUGGUCGUGAAACGUUUCGGCGUAUGGCGAAGUGGUUGCAGGAACCGGAACUCCAAAGGAUGUCAGCCCUACGCUUAGCCGCCUGUAAAAGGAAAGAUGAACAACAAAUCAAUGGUACAUCCCAACCAGUAACUCCCAAGAAGCCACGUUUAGUUUUCACGGAUAUUCAAAGACGUACAUUGCAGGCUAUUUUCAAAGAGACAAAACGGCCGUCACGUGAAAUGCAGUUAACAAUAUCGCAACAACUACAUUUAGAUCCAACAACGGUUGCCAAUUUUUUCAUGAAUGCACGUCGUCGUGGUCAUGAUCGUAGUAGGCAGGAAGAAGAACAGCAGCAGCAACAGCAACAGCACCAGCGAACAACUUUAGAUUCGAGUACAAAUGGUGAAACAGUGCUAAGUGUAGCACCACCACCACCACCAGUUUUCGAACAACUGUGA